AUGCGAGAGAUGCUCAGCCUGGAAGCAACCCAAGAAAUCCCUGCCCUCUCAAGAGACAAUUUCUUGCUGGAUACCGAUACAAACUUGGCCGUUCGCAAGGGAGAGCUGUUGCUCCACAUGUUCGACAGUGCUGUCGGUUCCGAUGGAAUUCGGAACGCUCUGCAGGAGUUGAUGGUUAAACGUAAACACCAAACUAUAACUGAAGAAGACCUGUGGGAGGAACUUUCUAAUGUGAACAACGAGAGCUUCCCUGGCGCUGACGUGGCCCGUGCGUGGACGCAGAGCGCCGGAUUUCCGCUGCUGACGAUCAGUCGCGUCUACGGCCAGAGAGUCGCCGUCGCACGCCAGGAAAGAUACGGACAAAGCUCAUCACAAACCGUGUGGAGUAUUCCGGUUACCUACACUGACGGAACAAAGAUGGACUUUGACAACACGGGCAACAUUUUUUGGCUGAACACCAAAGAAGCCAAGCUUCCGAGAGUACCCAGGGACGAUGACUGGUUGAUCGCUAACCUGCGUGGCUGCGGUUACUACCGAGUUAAUUACGACCCCCGUAACUGGAACCUCAUCACCAUGGAGCUGAACACCUACCACACGAAUAUCGACGUUGUCAACAGGGCCCGGAUAAUCGACGACGUUUUCGAGUUGGCUGACAUUGGCCUCGUCCCGUACGGCACGGCUCUCCAUGCGUCCGAGUACCUGCGGCGAGAGAAAGAAACCUUGCCGUGGACAACCGUGCUCAAGCGUUGGGAGUACCUUGAGGCCAUGCUCGGCAGCGGAGUCGUGCUCGAGAAAUGGAAGCUGUUCAUUAUUAGGAUUCUCAUACAUCACAUCCACAGCUUCAAGUGGUCCCAUACAGAAGAAGACAAUGCGAAAAGGCAGCUGAGGAUAAUACACUACGCGUGGGCCUGCAGAUACAAGUACGGGCCGUGUCUCAUUGAGGCGAGGCACGCCUUUGAGAGUUACAAGUCUCCUGAGUCGACCGCGAAGCCGAUCCUCCUGGAGCACCAGUUCACCGUGUUUUGCACCGUCAUCGAGGACGGCGACGAGGCAGACUGGGUGGCGCUGCGCACGCGCCUCGAUCACGUGAGCGAUGGCGUGGAACGACGAAACAUAAUCCUUGCCCUCGGAUGCACCAGGGACAGAAGCAGGCUCACCAGGUACUUCGAGGAGUUCUCGGCGCCCGCUGCGAAGAUGGUGCCGCUGUUGUUCACGGAGACUGCGAAGCGCGGUAACUUAUGGAGACUGAAGACUGCCGAAUACGUCAUCGCCAACUGGCAAGACCUAAAGUCAACGUGA